ACGUAAAUACGCGAGCCACCAUAAGCAUUAAACCAGUAUUCCGAUUCUUGGUAAACGCAUGGUCCAACAACCCCGGAAAACCGAAGUUAAAGGGUGGAUAAGGAAAAAAUGUAUCAUUUCGAAGCGUUUGGAUGACAAAGUUGCGGUGAUAACAGGAGCCAACAGUGGAAUAGGAAAGGUUGUGACCACAGAGAUGGCCCGACGAGGUUGCACCGUCGUCAUGGGCUGUCGAAGUAUGGAAAGAGCAGCAACGACAAAGAAUGCCAUCCUCACCGACUACGGGGACUCAAAUCCGAACAGCACAAAGAUCAACGUGGCUGACGACGUUGUGGCGUCCUCCCUAUCACCGAUCCGUCCAGAACAAUUAAUAUUGGAGCAACUGGAUUUAGCCUCACUGAAGUCAGUCCGUGAAUUCGCGGAACGCGUCGCGUCCGCUUAUCCAAAGGUCGAUUUUCUCAUAAACAACGCAGGCUUGAUCUUGGCUCACUACGAACAGACCGACGAUGGUUUUGAGAAAACCAUUGGUGUGAACCACCUUGGACACUUUCUGUUGACGGAUUUGCUUUUGGGAAAUAUAAAGCGCGCGGCUCCUUCUCGUAUAAUCAUUGUGUCAUCUACAUUUCACUAUCAAGGAAAAUUGUGCAGACCUGACCUGCAGAUGAAAAAAGAUGAGUACAACGGUCAAACUGCCUACAAGCACUCAAAACUCAUGAAUGUGAUGCAUGGUUUGGAACUGAGUGAUCGACUGGAGGGGACCGGAGUAACUGUGUUAAGUGUCCAUCCAGGACACAUUAGGACAGAGAUCUUCCGUGACUUUAGUACAAUCAACCAGAUGCUUGCAGGUACAUGGAUUAGUAGUGUAUUUGGUUCUAUUAACCAAUAA